UCUCCCUCAGUUUCGCGGCGAGAGCGACGGACACGACAGCGAGCGUGCGUGUGCCACCCGCUUCGGGAUCGCUCCGACUUCCUGUAGGCCAGCGGGUGACCAACCGUCGGUGCGCGAGUCUACGUGAUCCAAUAAAGUCCCGCUCGUCCUGAGGGGCGGGAAUUAUAACUGGUGGCACCUCCUGUCCGCCGCCUCGCCCCCCAGAGCGACACUCCUCAUUAUCGGAGAGAGAACUUUCCCGUGACCUUGUGGCAGCCAUUGGAGCAUCCCAAGGAGAAAGGAGCGAGGGAGGCGGCUGGGCGGGCGUCUAUCCCAAGGCCCUUGCGGACCCUCCCUACCCUCCGCGACCGUUCGUCUGCCGCUCACACCUUCGCCAGUUCCCGGCGCGAGCGGCUCCCCUCCCAGCGGCCUGAAGCCCAGCUGUAUGUACCUCUCAAGUCACGCUCUCGGAUUUUCGCUUUGGAAUACACGUCAGGAGACGGAAGUGACUUUAGUGUGAUGCCAGCACUGUGACAGUGAGAAAGGCAGAAAUAAAGUAGUGAAAGCGAUAACACGGAUAAGUCUUGCGAUAAAUUGUGACAGCCUCGACUGAGAUAAGGAUGUUGGCGAGAACCCAGGUUUGCGUGGCGCUGGCGCUAUUGGUCCUGCUGCAGGCACUGGCACCUGCCCUAGCUUUCCCCAACGGCCUGCAACCUGACCCUCACUACGGAGGCAAACGCCCAGCUGAAGUUAGGGACCCCAAACUGCGCAAGAUCUACGAACUCAUUUAUCCGUAUUACCAAAGGCCCAAGUACCGCUACCCCUUCUACGACCACCAAGGAAAAGGGGAGCUCCUCUAUGGGUAUGGCGGACCCCAGCUCUUCCGCUACACCGUAUUCAAGCCGGUCGAGGGCUUCCUGCGGCGAUAGAGAGCGGCGGAAACUCCACCAGGCCACGUUUCGGUGCUAGUCAAUUGUUUCUGCAUCUACCUGAAGACGAGGUCACGAUGAUGAGUCGGCGCCAGGGUUGCCUCGAUCACUCUCACUGCGGUCGGCAGAAGCAAGACCACCAGAUAUAAAGUUAUAUCUCUUGCGCUUGUUUCGGAGGUCCCGGGCGUCUCGGAGCCAUCAUCAUCCAACUGCUGUUUGUCUUUAAAUCUUCUUCUGAUGAAACUUGAUCGCUGUGCGAAAAAAAGUUACAUUUACUUGCAAAAAUUGUUGACUAAAAUGCUGUAUAUAUCAGACACAUAAGUAAGGGUCACUUUUUUUUACGGAGAUACAACACUAUUCUAUGUUUUCCGCAAAUUAAUUCUAAAAUAUAUUACUCUGCACUUCUGUACCGUGGAUCAAGAUAUGCCUUACUAAUUUAUGUUCUUUUUUUAACUUGUUAAAUGACAUGUACAAUUUCAUUUUCAGAAUAGCUAUAUCCUUUGCUUGACUAAUAAUUUAGGUCUAACCAUUCAGAUUUUAGUGGAGUCUAUUACAUUCCAAAAAAGACUGUUUUGUAAAAUAUAUGUAGAUCAUAGUACAAACACCGUCAAUAAGUGAAAUAAGAUCACACCGGCCUCAGUAAAACCCUGCAGAUAAAAGUCAGUUUCCUUAUUUUCUGGAAGGAGCGGCUCGUUUUCAAGGGUUCCCAUACCUUUGUAUAAGGCGUCUGUGGUUCAGGGACUCAAAAACCAGGAGCGAGAGGGAAGGAUAUAGUUUUUGUAUCUCCGUAAUUAUUAUGCUAUGAACUAUGGAGAAAGGAAUAUUGUUAGUGCCAUCAAAUUAUAACUUUCAUGUUUGUCUAAUAACGAAAUCGGUAGAAUAUAGUUAUCCUGAAAAUAUACUUCAUCGUUUUCGUAAAUUUUGCAAAUAAUAUAGCUGCACUGUUAUUACUGUUAAUUUUGCUCUUGAUAAGUUUAGUUACUCAAUUUCUAUGUGUUUGACAUACCAGUUAUAUUUUCAUCUGACUUUUAAUAAAGUGUUUUGAUUUUC